AUGCAGCCUCUCCCGCCGCCUGUGCCAGGCCCCCUGGCUCUGCUGGAUACCACAGAGGGCUUUGCAAGGAGAAAGAAGAUCUCUCUGUGGUUUGUGGGCUCUCUGCUGUUGGUGUCCACUCUCAUCCUGACCAUCGGCCUGGCUGCCACCACCAGGACAGAGAAUGUGACUGUGGGCGGCUACUACCCAGGGAUCAUCCUGGGCUUUGGGUCUUUCUUGGGAAUCAUUGGUAUCCACCUGGUGGAGAAUAGAAGACAAAUGUUGGUGGCGGCCAUCGUGUUCAUCAGUUUUGGUGUUGUGGCAGCAUUCUGCUGUGCCAUAGUCGAUGGCGUGUUUGCAGCACGGCACAUCGAACCAAGGCCUCUCAGCACAGGGAGGUGCCAGUUUUACUCCAGUGGGACUGGGUACUUGUACGAUGUCUAUCAGACAGAGGUCACCUGCUACUCUCUGAGUGGAAGGUGUCAGCUGAAGGUGAGGAGCAACACAUGCUACUGCUGUGACCUCUACGCCUGUGGGAGCACAGAGCCCUCACCCGCUUACUAUGAAUUUGUGGGUGUGCGUAGCUGCCAGGAUGUGAUCCACCUGUACCGGCUGCUCUGGGUGUCCACAGUCCUGAACGUAUUAGGCCUGUGCCUUGGCAUUGUCACAGCUGCAGUCCUGGGGGCCUUCAAGGACAUGGUUCCUCUGUCUCAGCUGGCCUAUGGCCCAUCUCCACCACCUCAGAUCCUCUACAACCCUGCCCAGCAGAUCCUAGCCUACACUGGCUUGUGCCCUCCAUCUAUGACUGUGCCAACUUGUUCUUCCUACCCUCUGCCACUCCAGCACUCCAGUGCCCUGCCGGCCUCGUCCUCUGCUGACCUCUCUCGGCCUGAGGACACAGAGUCUCCUUCCCAGUGCAACUCCAGCCAUGGGCGUUCUCCUAAUGCUCCUUCAGUGUGCACACCAACCUACUUCCUUCCUGGGGAGAAACCUCCCCCCUACGCACCCUGA